UAUAAUUUUCAACAGAUGUGUUCCACAAAAUGGUUGUUAUGCGUGCUGGUGGUGGUGUGCGUGGUUGUACGACAAGCGACAGCAGCGCCAGCACCGCAGCAGGAAGAUCCGCCUAUGCCUUAUGAAUACAAAUACGACGUAGAAGACCAAGAGAAAGCCCUCUUCUUCGGGGCGAACGAAGCAGGUGACGCCGCGGGCAAAGUCAAUGGCGGCUAUAAAGUACUCCUACCUGACGGCCGUCUCAUGACGGUUGAAUAUACUGUGGAAGGAGACAGUGGAUUUGUGCCGAAGAUCAGCUUUGAAGAUAAUGCUAAUCCGUUUGGGAAAGGCAAAUAAGUGAAGAUUGUAAUACUUGAAUUGGGAUAGUCUGUUCCUGAUGGGAAAAUAGUUUGGAAUUAAAACGUAACAUUUUUAACUGGCCAUUGGUGGACUUUAUG